AUUUCAAAAGCUUUGCUGUGCUAGUCUGAAAGGGUUUUUAUGGACUGGCAGCAUGGGUGGCCCAUGGAAAGCCCAACUGGAUCAUCUUGUAAAGGCCUUCCAGAAAUACCAGGAAAAAAAGAUGGGUUGCACAAGCAAGCUUCUCCAUCCAGAAUGAAAUUGGGAGAGCUGUCUGCCAAAAGACAAACAUGACUAUAUGGUUAUGAUAUUUAAAAUCUAUGAUGCCUCCUGCCAUGGCAGAUACCCUGGACAUCUGGGCAGUAGAUUCACAGAUAGCAGCUGAUGGCUCAAUAUCUGUGGACUGCCUCCUUCCUACAGGAAUUUACAUCAGCUUAGAUGUGCCUCGUGAUGCCACUAUUUGCCACAUCAAGCAGUUAUUAUGGAAGCAAGCACACAGCUACCCUCUGUUUCACCUUCUUAUGGAGAUUGACUCCUACAUGUUCUCCUGUGUCAACCAAACAGCUGUACGUGAAGAACUGGAAGAUGAGACACGAAGGCUCUGUGAUGUUAGACCAUUCCUUCCUGUCCUUCAGUUAAUUACAAGAAGCUGUGACCCUGGGGAAAAAUUGGAUUCUAAAAUCGGUGUCCUCAUAGGAAAAGGUCUUCAUGAGUUUGAUGCCCUACAAGACCCUGAAGUCAAAGAAUUCCGGAUUAAGAUGAGGCGAAUCAGUGAAGAAAAGAUGCAUUCAGUUGUGAGGCUAUCUUGGAUGGACUGGUUAAAACACACUUAUCCGCCAGAACUAGAACCAACCAUUCAGGAAAACUUACAGGAUAAGCUUUAUAGUGGCAAUCUUGUUGUGGCUGUUCAUUUUGAUAACUGCCAGGAUGUAUUUAGUUUUCAAGCAUCUCCUGAUAUGAAGCCCAUCAAGCUGAAUGAGAUGGCAAUUCGGAAACGUUUAACAAUCCAUGGAGAUGAAGACAGAGAAGUUGAUCCUGCAGACUAUGUGCUGCAAGUCAGCGGGCGACUCGAAUAUGUCUUUGGUGACCAUCCAUUAAUCCAGUUCCAGUAUAUCCACCAUUGUGUGAUGUGCAGAACUCUUCCUCAGUUGACCCUGGUUGAAUGCAGCACUAUUAAAAAAAUGUGCCAACAGGAAAUGAUUGCUAUAGAAGCUGCCAUAAACCGAAAAUCCCACAAUAUUCCUCUUCCUCUACCACCCAAAAAAUCACGUGUAAUAAAAAGUGUAUGGGACAUUAGCCAUCCUUUCAAGGUUAUCCUGGUGAAUGGCAGCAAAUUCAACACAGAAGAAACUGCCAAAGUUCAUGUCAGGGCCGGUCUCUUCCAUGGAACUGAGCUGCUUUGUAAGCCUAUCGUAAGCUCAGAAAUAUCUGGAAGAAAUGACCAUGUUUGGAAUGAAUCCUUGGAAUUUGAUAUCAAUGUCUGCGAUUUGCCAAGAAUGGCUAGGCUGUGCUUUGUGGUUUAUGCUGUGAUGGAUAAAAUGAAAAAUAAGAAGUCAGCCAAGACACUUAAUACAGCCAAAUACCAGACCAUUAGGAAAGCUGGGAAAGUGCACUAUCCUGUAGCAUGGGUCAAUACUAUGGUGUUUGAUUUCAAAGGGCAGUUUAAGACUGGAGACUUCAUAUUGCACGGCUGGUCAUCCUUUCCUGAUGAACUUGAAGAAAUGUUGAAUCCCAUGGGAACCGUACAAACUAAUCCAUACACUGAAAACGCAACGUCUUUGCAGAUCAAAUUUCAAGAAUAUUCCAAAUUUCCUGUAUAUUACCCUCCCUUUGAUAAGAUACUUGAAAAGGCAGCUGAGAUUGCAAGAAACAGUGAUAGCAGUGGUAUGGCAGGCCGUGGUGGCAAAAAAUUCCACAUUGAGCUCAAGGAAAUCAUGGAAAGGGACCCUUUGUGUCAACUGUGUGAAAACGAAAUGGAUCUCAUUUGGACUUUGCGAUAUGACUGCCGUGAAAAUUUUCCACAAUCUUUGCCGAAACUGUUGCUCUCUGUGAAAUGGAAUAAACUUGAAGAUGUUGCUCAGCUUCAGGCUCUUCUUCAGAUAUGGUCCAAACUGCCUCCCAGAGAAGCAUUAGAGUUACUGGAUUUCAAUUAUCCUGAUCAAUAUGUAAGAGAAUAUGCAGUGAGCUGCUUAAGGCAAAUGAGUGACGAAGAGCUUUCUCAGUAUCUACUGCAGCUCGUGCAAGUCCUGAAGUACGAACCUUUUCUCGACUGUGCUCUCUCCAGGUUCCUGCUAGAGAAGGCAAUGGCCAACAGAAGGAUAGGGCAGAUGCUGUUUUGGCAUUUAAGAUCAGAAGUGCACAUACCUGCAAUUUCAGUACAGUUUGGUGUAAUACUUGAAGCUUACUGCCGUGGAAGCAUUGCUCACAUGAAAGUACUUUACAAACAGGUUGAAGCAUUAAAUAAGAUGAAGACUUUGAAUAAUCUAAUAAAACUGAAUGCCAUGAAACAAAACAGAGCUAAAGGAAAGGAAGCAAUGCAUGCCUGUUUAAAACAGAGAGCAUACAAAGAAGCUCUUUCUGAUCUCCAGUCUCCUUUGAAUCCUUCUGUUUUGCUUUCAGAACUGUAUGUGGAGAAGUGUAAAUACAUGGACUCUAAAAUGAAGCCUCUGUGGAUAGUAUACAAUAACAAAGUAUUUGCUGGAGAGUUGGUGGGGAUCAUCUUUAAAAAUGGAGAUGAUCUACGACAAGACAUGCUGACACUGCAAAUGCUACGUCUGAUGGAUUUGCUUUGGAAGGAGGCUGGUCUAGAUCUUCGAAUUUUGCCUUAUGGUUGUUUAGCAACAGGAGAUCUUUCUGGCUUAAUUGAGGUUGUUUCUAAAUCUGAGACCAUUGCAGACAUUCAGCUGAAUAGUAGUAAUGUUGCUGCUGCUGCUGCAUUCAAUAAAGAUGCUCUCUUAAACUGGCUCAAAGAAAACAAUUCAGGAGAUGACCUGGAUCGAGCCAUUGAAGCCUUCACACUAUCUUGCGCUGGCUACUGUGUAGCUACUUAUGUGCUGGGCAUAGGAGACAGACAUAGUGACAAUAUAAUGGUCAGGAAGAAUGGUCAGCUCUUUCAUAUAGAUUUUGGGCAUAUUCUUGGGAACUUUAAGUCCAAAUUUGGAAUUAAAAGGGAACGGGUGCCUUUCAUUCUUACCUAUGAUUUUAUACAUGUCAUUCAACAAGGGAAAACUGGAAACACUGAAAAAUUUGGCCGGUUUCGCCAGUGUUGCGAAGAAGCUUAUUUGAUUCUGCGACGACACGGGAACCUGUUUAUCACUCUUUUUGCACUGAUGUUAACGGCUGGACUUCCAGAGCUAACUUCUGUUAAAGACAUCCAGUAUCUCAAGGAUUCCCUUGCACUAGGAAAGAGUGAUGAAGAAGCACUAAAGCAGUUCAAGCAGAAAUUUGAUGAAGCACUCAGAGAAAGCUGGACUACUAAAGUGAACUGGAUGGCGCACACUGUUCGGAAGGAUUACCGAUCCUAAGUGAUCUAUGGAUUUGCACUAAACUUAAUGAUACUCUGACAAUAAACUGUUAAAAGGGAGACAACAGACCCUUUUAGAAAUGGACCCAAGGAAAUUGAUAGAAUGGUUCCUGAUUAUUUUGCACUCUGCUUUGGGAUGCUUCAACUGGAUUUUGUAAAUUUAGCAGAUGUCCUCAGUAAUCACUUCUGCUGACUUUGCACAUUGAAAGCUAUUGCUAAGCUUUUAUAUUAUUUUGAUACACUGAGAAGCUGUACAUAUUUGGGAUUUUUUUAAUGUUUAGGUAGUGAACUCUACCUCUGUCCUGGAUGGUUAGAGACAUCUUGAACUGAUUGUGAACCGGUAUCAGUAUCAGAGGUGUUUUGGAUGUCCUUAAUUUUAUCUCAAGUGAACAUUGUGUUGUGUACAUACAUUUUUCCGCCACUGGCAUAAACAUAUUUGUUCUACUGUAAAUAACAACUGUGAGAUCAUUGUACAGCUGGAAGCUAAUUAUAUCUUGAACUGCAACCAGAAGAAUAGAUUUCUACACUUAAUAAUGAUGGACAACUAUUUAAAGAGACAAAUGCUUUAAAUAAAACAAGUGCUCAAUGUUCCAAAUGUGUUUAGAAUUUUUGUGGAAUGCAGUACAUUCGGGACUACCUUGAGCUCUUAGAAAAUUUUAUCAUGGAGUUUACUGUCUUCACAUUUUUUUCUAAGCAUCUCCUUUUUAAAAGCCUCCAGUAUCUGAAGUUUUUCAGAAGCCUGAAGAGUUGGUCUGUCUGCUCUGCAGUGAUGUACAUACAAUGUGUGUUGUGUGCAACCUUGUCUAACAUGUGUAAAUGGAUGAUUAAACAACAACAUCAGCUGACAAGACAGCUACAUCCCAAAAGAAGAAAACUGAAUAUCAAAGCUAAGAGGCAUCUGGGUUAUCUUUGUUUUUUCUUUUCUUUUUAUUGCAGCAUUAGAACUCAAGUCAUUUCAAACUUGUCAUUUACUGUGGCCUUAAUUGCCUGUAGUUGAUAUUGUCUUGUCCAGCUAACUUGUGUUCAGUCUAAGAUGAAUGAUAGACAAACUGGAUUUGUUUUAAUUUAUCAAAUAAGGUACCGUACUGGAAGGUGCUUCAUGGAGAAGCAGUUGAGGUUAAAAGUGCAAUAGGAGCUGCUUGUUUUGAGAUGUGCCAUACAAUGUUUUGGAACUGUGGUGAGAUAAACUUCCAACUCCUGCUUGCUCGCCAAAGGACACUGCUAGUCCUUUGUUUUGAUGAUGACUGAGUCAAAUGAAUUCUAUGUAAAGUUACAGUGGGAUCAAAUCAGUGAUUUUAAAGCAGGAAUGGCAUUAAAGAUUACUGUCUUUUCCAGAGUAUUUGACUUUGUCUAGGUGUGUCUCUCUGUAUGUGUGUCUUUCUCUAAAACGUAGGGGUUGGGGGGGAAUGGUAGCCCUGAAUGUACUGUUAGACUGGAACUGCCUUCUGUCCUACCUAUUGCUGAGGGGCAAUAGCAAUGUAAUUGAACAACAUGUGAAAUAUGUUGACCAUUCUUACUCUACUGUCUAAAAUCGGAGGUGGUUUUUUGCUAGAUAUGAAACUGCUGUCUCCCUAGGUAUCCACGGUUCAUGAAAACAUUAGCAUUAAAGCAUGCUGGGGAAUAGGUUGUAAAUUCGAAGCAAAGUCACAAUAAUCUGUCUCCUGCUGCUUGUAAUUAAGGAAUGUGUCAUAAAAUUAAGGGUGGAACUGCAGCAGUUUCUCCCUUUUCACUUGUAACGCAUCUGUGUUAUAUCUUAUUGGAAUGGCGUUUUCGAUCAAUCUGCCCUUUUAAAGACUUUGUUUUGUACCCA